GGGUUCCCUCAGGUGGGCCGCAGAGAGGCGUUAGGAACAGGUGCAGCUGGAGCCGCGCAGAGGCGGUGCCUUUGCUUCCGGUUCCGGUCUGGCUCGGGAGGAGGGGAGAUGCUGCGGGCGCCCGGGCGGCCGCUUGCCGCGUUCCUGCGGUUCGCGAUCGCUGCUCGGCUCGCGAUCGCCGCUCGCACUAUGGCUGCAGGGCCCACAGUCUCGCUCCCUGAGCUCCGGUCACUCCUAGCUUCGGGCCGGGCCCGGCUCUUCGAUGUGCGAUCUCGGGAGGAGGCGGCGGCGGGGACCAUACCCGGGGCGCUCAACAUCCCGGUGUCCGAGUUGGAAAGUGCCUUGCAGAUGGAGCCAGCUGCGUUCCAGGCCUUAUACUCCGCUGAGAAGCCAAAACUGGACGAUGAGAAUCUUGUCUUCUUCUGUCAGAUGGGCAGGCGGGGCUUCCAGGCCACACAGCUGGCCCAGAGCCUUGGAUACACAGGGGCUCGAAACUAUGCUGGGGCCUAUCAGGAGUGGUCAGAGAAGGCGGGGUAGGCAGCGGGUGGCUUACUGAUGGUCCCUGCCGUGGCCACCUCCACGCUGACGGUCCCUCCCUCCGUCCCUCUCUCGGCCACCUUCACAAAGGAGGGUGAAAGGGCCAAUUGCUGGCUUGCCCUGGGCUGGGCAGCUACUUAUAGUGCUUUGCACAUGAGUGUUAAAUAAAGAACACUUAAUUAAAGUA